AUGCCAUCCUCGCGGGCCCUCGUCGCGGCCGUCGUCGCGCUGCUGAGCUACGUGGACCGGUCGCGCAUGCGCCGGGCCCACGCCGGGCUGCCCCGCUACCGCACCUACGGGAACCCGGCGCUGCCGCCGGUCGUGCUCAUCCCCGGCCUCGACGGCUGCGCGUCCUUCUACGCCGGCGCGCUGCCGGAGCUGACCCGCGAGCGCUUCGUGGUCGUCUACGAGCUGCCGCUGGUUUCCGCCGCGAACCGCGACGCCUACACGUUCUCGUACCUCGCGCGGGGGCUGGCGGACGCGCUCGACGAGCUCGACAUCGACGCCGCGCCCGUCGUCGGCGAGUCCUUCGGCGGCGUCGUCGCCAUGCACGCCGCGCUCGAGCACGAAACCCGGGUGACGCGGCUCCUCCUGCUGAGCUCGCUGGCGAAGACGGAGCUCACGACGGAGGUCUGGCUCAAGAAGACGUUCGCAUUGCCCGUCGUGCGCGUGAUCGGCCGCGCGUUCCCCAACGUCGCGCAGACGAUCUUCGCCUACGUCCACGCGUCCGACGUCGUCGAGGCGUCGGAGCCCGAGUGGGUGACGAACUUCUUCAUCAAAGAAGCGUCCUGGGCGCACCACGCGUCGGUCAUGGCGCGCCUGUCCAUCGUGAUCCCGCUGGACAUCACGGCGCGGGUCGUGCAUCUGCGCCAGAAGACGCGCCUCGUCUACGGCGCCGACGACACGUUCACGGGCGCGACGACGGACGCGCUCCUCGCGCUGCUGCCGGACGCGGACAAGGUUGCCCUCCCGGGCGGCCACCUCCCGCACCUCACGAGCCCGAAGGCGUUCGCAAGGCUCGUGCUGGACUUCGUCGCGGGGAAGUAA